GCCGACAAUGUGCGCCAGUGGUCGGUACAAUCAAGCGCUACAGCUACAGCAAGAAGUGAGGAGGCUUUACAGACAGAGCUUGCAACUGUGUUCACGAUUUCAAUCAGCAAAACUGCAGAAGAAAAUGAGAUACAAUGUGAAGGAAAUUUUUCACGUCCAUCGUUCUGAACGUGACGCGGCUAGAGUGCAGCUGCUACUUCGUCAGGGACAGAAAAGUGUCGAAGUAAUGCAGAAAGUUAUAAAAGCAGACGAGGAGUUGUUUUCAAAUCUCUUUGACAAGUGGUAACUACGAAUAGUUGUUAUCAAGCAGUAGACUGACGUUUCCCGGAUAGAACUCGAGUUGUAGCAGAGCUUUGUCAUGCCGGUAAACUGGCUUUGUACGUGUUGUGUCUUACAUCUCACAUUGGUAUUAUAUUUUGCGCCGGUCGAGGCUGUUUUACGGUGUGUAUGUGUGUGUCCUAAGAAUUUACAAGUUACUGAAAACCGUACCGUGUUCGUUAAAAUCAUUGAUGAACCAAAGGAAUGCGUGUGUGAGGACGUUGUUCACGGUUCUCCAAUGGAGUGUCUGCAUUGCCAAUGCAAGCACGAGAUGCUCGCAGUGACUUUCAUAAAGGUUGUAAUUUUUAUUAUUAUAUUGAUUUUGAGCCUUCUUAUUCUGUACAUGUUGUAUCUGUUUGCUGAAGACUUGUACGUACGGAGAUAUGGGAGAUCAUGCUGGGCAACUAAACCGACUCGUUUUGGGCAACAACAGUCUCGUCUCGAUCGUAUUCGAAACUCAACAGAAAAAUGGCGAAAAGGAUUGGCCGAGCAGCGGAAGAACGUCUUUCAUAGGCACACGAUGUUGAGCUAAGCUGCCAUUGUAGCUGCUCAUGCUAGUGAUAGGUACAAUAUAUUGUAGGUCUAAUGCAGCAGUAGACGUGUGAUGAUAGACACGCACACACCGAUUCUGCUCGGGAAUUUUUUGUUAGUAUGGUGUUCUACACUUAUAACAUAGGCAUGAUGUUGCAGUUG